AUGCGUGGACAAGCCGUCAGAUACCAGCCGUCAGAUACCAGCCGUCAGAUACAGCCGUCAGAUACCAGCCGUCAGAUACCAGCCGUCAGAUACCAGCCGUCAGAUACCAGCCGUCAGAUACCAGCCGUCAGAUACCAGCCGUCAGAUACCAGCCGUCAGAUACCAGCCGUCAGAUACCAGCCCUUCAGAUACCAGCCGUCAGAUACCAGCCGUCAGAUACCAGCCGUCAGAUACCAGCCGUCAGAUACCAGCCGUCAGAUACCAGCCGUCAGAUACCAGCCGUCAGAUACCAGCCGUCAGAUACCAGCCUUCAGAUACCAGCCUUCAGAUACCAGCCUUCAGAUACCAGCCUUCAGAUACCAGCCGUCAGAUACCAGCCGUCAGAUACCAGCCUUCAGAUACCAGCCUUCAGAUACCAGCCUUCAGAUACCAGCCUUCAGAUACCAGCCGUCAGAUACCAGCCGUCAGAUCCAGCCUUCAGAUACCAGCCGUCAGAUACCACCGUCAGAUACCAGCCUCAGAUACCAGCCGUCAGAUACCAGCCUUCAGAUACCAGCCGUCAGAUACCAGCCGUCAGAUACCAGCCUUCAGAUACCAGCCUUCAGAUACCAGCCUUCAGAUACCAGCCGUCAGAUACCAGCCGUCAGAUACCAGCCGUCAGAUACCAGCCGUCAGAUACCAGCCGUCAGAUACCAGCCUUCAGAUACCAGCCGUCAGAUACCAGCCUUCAGAUACCAGCCGUCAGAUACCAGCCGUCAGAUACCAGCCGUCAGAUACCAGCAUUCAGAUACCAGCCGUCAGAUACCAGCCGUCAGAUACCAGCCGUCAGAUACCAGCCGUCAGAUACCAGCCGUCAGAUACCAGCCGUCAGAUACCAGCCAGGAGCUGGAGAAAGAGAGGGACCCAGCCUAUUGGAAUGCUCAGGCCAAGGAGACACUCCAAGCCGCGCUGAGACUCCGCCCCCGAGUGCACCGCGCCAAGAACAUCAUCCUCUUCCUGGGGGACGGAAUGGGUGUGUCCACUGUGACUGCGGCUCGCAUCCUGAGGGGCCAGAUGGAAGGAAGGUCGGGAGAGGAGACAGUGCUCGCCAUGGAUACCUUUCCGUACCUCGCGCUCUCUAAGACGUACAGUGUUGAUAAGCAGGUAGCAGACAGCGCUAGCACAGCUACAGCGUACCACUGCGGAGUGAAGGCUAACGCUAAGACAGUGGGCCUUAGCGCCAAUGCAGUGGCCUAUGAGUGCAACACCACGUUUGGGAAUGAAGUGUAUUCCGUGCUACAUCGCGCCAAAGCACAAGGGAAGUCAGUGGGCAUCGUGACCACCACUCGUGUACAGCAUGCCUCUCCUGCUGCCGCCUAUGCCCACUCAGUGAGCCGCAGCUGGUACAGCGAUGCUGACAUUCCCUCUAGUGCCCGCCGACAGGGCUGUGUCGAUAUUGCCACACAGCUGGUGACCAACGUUGACAUUGAUGUUAUCCUGGGUGGGGGACGGAUGUAUAUGACACCAAAGGGAACUCCAGACCCUGAGUACCCCACUUCCUCGUCCCGGAAAGGGGAUCGAAAAGAUAAGAGGAACCUCAUUGACGUCUGGAUGAAGGCCCAGCAGCACAAGAGUUCCCAGUAUGUUUGGCACAGGAAGCAGUUUGACGAGAUUAAUGUAAAGACUACUGACCGUCUCCUGGGUCUCUUUGAGCCAAAGGACAUGCGGUUUGAGGUUUUCCGGAAUGCCACACGUGACCCGUCCAUCGUCGAGAUGACAGAGAAAGCCAUUCAGAUCCUCAGCAAGAACCCCAAAGGCUACUUCCUAUUUGUAGAAGGAGGGAGAAUUGACCAUGGGCACCAUGAUGGCAUUGCCAAGCUGGCGCUGACUGAGGCUGUGAUGUUUGACCGGGCGGUGGAACGAGCCUCCCGGCUCACCAGAGAAUCAGACACCCUCACUGUCGUAACCGCAGACCACUCCCACGUCUUCACCUUCGGAGGAAACACCCCCCGCGGAAACCCCAUUUUUGGUUUGGCACACAAGAAGGCAGAUGAUAGGAUGCCAUUCACUAGCAUCCUGUAUGCCAACGGUCCUGGUUAUGUACAUGUGAAUGGAACGAGAGGAAACAUCACAUUGGUGGAUUACUACGAUGAAGAGUACAUGCAGCAGGCUGCAGUCCCUCUGGACUCUGAGACCCACGGCGGGGAGGACGUGGCCAUCUACGCCAAAGGCCCCAUGGCCCACCUCUUUCACGGGGUCAAAGAGCAGAACUAUAUCGCCCACGUCAUGGCCUACGCAGCCUGCAUCCCACCCUACACGGACUGCCCACCACAUACGCCCGCCUCAACCGGACACACACACACCCUCUCUGGGCUGCUUCUCUGUCUGGCUAGCCUCCUCUGGAUCCUGUUCAGAUGACGACACACAAUCCGACCAUCAUGGGUACAGUGUCCAUAUUAGGACAGUUACUGGUCCAUAAAAGUUGUGCCGGAGAUGGUGGAAACGGGAUAGUUCUAGGUUGUCUAUUUUGGAGAAGUGUCUAGAUUGCUGCGUCAUAUUGCACUGCAGCAAUUUCUAACCAUCCUCAUAAGUUUCUAAAUGGAACAUGUAAGGUGCUAUAAAGAUCAUUUUCUUCAGGUUCUAUAAAGAACCGUUAAGAAAGAUUCUACAUAGCACCAAACAGGGUUCCGCUAUGCUUAUACAACCCUGUUUGGGACUAUAAAGAACCCUUUUUUAUGGUUCUUUAUAGAACCUUUAUGGAGAAUGGUUCUAUAACUAACCUUUCACAAUCCGAAAGGUUCUUUGUAGAUCCUUUUGAAGAAACAUAAAAGGUAUUUUAAUCUGGUCAGCCAUAUUAUAUUGUUAAAAUUCCAUCUGUGUAAUUUUUUGUGUUACUUGACAAGUAGAAUCAAGUGAGCUACCUCUGGAACAACCGGGAGUAGUCAACCGUUCACAAUUGACACAAGGUCAUACGCGAGUCUUUCACAAGACACCGUCACCGGCCACAGUCAUAUAUAAUAUGUAACGGAAUAACACGACACAUUAGAUCAACUGGAAUUACACUCUUACUCACAGUUGCACAAAAAGUGCUAUGACUAAAACCAUGGUCCAAAAUAUUCACCAGCCACUAAAAGAGCUAUGACUAAAACCACGGUCCAAAAUAUUCACCAGCCACUAAAAGAGCUAUGACUAAAACCACGGUCCAAAAUAUUCACCAGCCACUAAAAGAGCUAUGACUAAAACCACGGUCCAAAAUAUUCACACAAGCCACUAAAAGAGCAAAGAAUCCUGCAAAGAACAAUUGAAGAGCUCAAAGGGUUAUUGGAGUCAUUACGGUUCCACUUAUAACCAUCACAAAUCCCAAAGAACCCCUUGAGGAAUCCUCAUGUUUUAGUGUGUACACUAUUAAUGUGGUUUGUAGUGAAACUGGAAAACAGGAAACCUGGAAUGUCACCAAGAUCUAUUUCCUAGUAGAAGUAGGCCUUACUAUAAACUCCAAAGAGAUGGGGUCUGUAUAUUUGAUUUGCAAUCACUAUAGCUGGACUAAGACAAUAAGAUGACUGGUAACUAAAGAAGAUGUAGUGGCUUAAAUAGUAUGGUCACGUAUCUAAAUUGUUACUAUGGCAAUUUAAAAUGGAGCUGACCAUAGCUCAAAUAAACCUAAAUACUAAAUAUAGAGAUGUUUUUAUGUUAAAUGCACAUGUUUAGUAUUAGUGGAUUAAAUACAUGUCUUUGCUUCGAUGUAUUUCCUAAAGUAUUUCCAUUCCCCUUUAAGCAGUAUGGUCAGGUAUCCCAGACACAGGUCAAGCCUGGGCGUCCUGCUAGAGGGACAACUUCCUGUGAAACUGGGCGUUCCGCUAGCGGGACAACUUCCUGUGAAACUGGGCGUCCCGCUAGAGGGACAACUUCCUGUGAAACUGAAGGGCGCGCAUUUCAAAUAAAUAAUCAUACAAAUGAUGGAUAUUAAACAUUUAGGUACAUACAAGUGUCUUAUAUCAGUUGAAAGCUUAAAUUCUUGUUAAUGUAACUGCACUGUCUGAUUUACAGUAGCUAUUUAAGAGAAAGAAUGCCAUGCAAUUGUUUGACCACCGGCACAAGUUUCAUAAAUUCACAAAUGGAGAUUAAAUAUUCACUUACUUUUUGAAAAUCUUCCUCUGAUUUGUCAUCCAAAGGGUCCCAGCAGGGACGUCACUAGAGAUUCAUGGAUAGGGGGGCUAAGCCUCUUUUAGGGGGGUCUGGGCAUACUCCCCCAGGAUUAGUUUUUAAGCCCCCAAAAUCAUAAUGUAUUUUUAGAGUAACAACGGGUGUAAAAUCGAUCAAAAAAAUGUUAUUUUUGGUUGGCUAAAAGUAUACCUGUCUCAUAGUUUGUGUUAGACACGGAUCUAAUAUGACUUACUUAAAUUCUAACCAAAUAAAGAAAUUAAAGUCCACUCUGUCCCCAUCCAUCCAACACCAACAAAAGGCACAAACAUUGCUAGCCAGAAUACUAGCCAAAAUACUUUCUGGGUGUUAUUUUGAGAUAGAGAGAGAAAUGUGAAGACUUGCAGGUCAUAUUAUACCAUUAGAAGAAAAUCCAGGACUGCAUUUAUGGUCCUCGGCUGGCAUGCCCAGCCAGUGUUUGAGAGCUGUACAAGUUCAGCUGAUGCUAUUCCAAGUUUGGACUGAGCUUCUUUGAACUUGUGGUGGUUAACUAGGGAUGUACUGAAAAACGAAUACACAUUCUCCAAGAAACUGAAAAACUCAGCAGCCUCUGAAAUAGCCGUGCAAGUAUGACACAACACCAAAUUAAUCUCAUGAGCAUAGCAAUGUACAUGAAUUGCCUCCGGAUGCAGCACUCUGAAAUGUGCUUGUACACCUCCUUUGGACCCACUCAUGACAGCUGCACCAUCAUAGGUCUGUGCAAUGUACUUUACGCCUGCUACCCCUCUCAUUUGGAGUUGCUGUUGCAACUCAUCUGCUAUCGAUUUGGCAUCAAAUGACUUGAUUUCUGCUAGUGCUAGUAAAUGCUCCUUAACUGUCCCCUCUGUCACAUAUCUGACACACAGAGCAAACUGUUCAGACUGCCUCUGGUCUCAUCCGCCAUAAUGGUAUACAUUCCAGAUUUUGACAUCUCAGAGACCAUGGUGUCCAUAAUCUCUUGAGCACAGCAUUCGAUCAUGUCAUUCUGAGAUUCUGAAGAGACAUACAUCGCAUUUGAUGGAGUACCUUUACAGGAAAGGAUCAAACUCCUUCAAAAGCUCCAUACAUCCAAGAAAGUUCCCUCUAUUCGUGCUUUUCACUAGAUUCAUCAUUGGCACAGAAAAAGAGUCCCGGUCUUCCUAACAUUGAGGUGACCGCAACAAUUCUCCUCAGAUACUCCCUUCUCUCUGCAAUAUCACUAGCAUGGGCACAUGUUCAAAUCUGAGCAAUGUUCCCAUGUGUGCUAGUUGCCUGGUAGCUUUGCCAUGCCACAACACUGUCUCUGUGUGUUUGUGCCAUUUCAUGUUUACCGAAGAUAAACAUAAAGCUUUUUUUUCCAAUUUUUGCAGCCAUUACUGACAAAAGAAUAAAAUGGAAUGUUUUUGCCAAAAAGCUCUAGAUGGAAAGCAGAAAGCUGUGUUUUUGUGGACAGAGGACUCUACACAAUUGUUUUUCUCAAACCCCUUUUCUGAGUACCAAAAUGUUUGUGUUGGUAGCUAUCCAGCUUCACUUGUCUGGGCCCAGUGUCUUUGUCAAUUAAAUCGCUCUCAUUUCUGGAAGGA